GGCGCCGUAUGGGAUGGUAUGAAGAGAAUGUUUCAUGAAUUAACGAAACGUUUACAGAAUGAUAAGAACGAGUUCAAAAAACUCUGUGAAGAAGUACACCUUCAGGACACAACAGAAGGAACAAUAAAGAAAGAGAUCUGCAAAGCAUUAGUACAAAUAAAGUUAUUCAUGAGUGGAAUUAAAGUACAAGAUGAUAAUGCUGGAUAUGGAUUCGACGUGGAGAACAUGGAAGAAGUAGAGUCUUAUUUGAGGUGUAUGAUUGGGACUGUAGCAGCCUCAAAAUUAUUCAAAGAACACAGCUGCCUGGGGGAUGUCGCUGAGUAUGUAGUAGGAAUACUUGGGAUGUUUUUGGAUGCGGAGGAAUUGAAGGGGAAAAAAGGGAAAUGUGGAAAUUUCGAUUUCCGAACUGUAAAAUUAGGCAAAGAGCUAAUCGGGAAGGAAAUAGAGAAAUGGGUGAAGAGCGCUAAAGGGGAUAUAGGGAUAAUAAGGGAAACAAAUAAACACAACGCAUGUAAAAAGACGAGUAAGGAAGACCGCAGGGCCGAUGCCAAGGGGGGUCAGGACCAGGGGCUUAUUCGCAAACUAUUUGGUAUAGAGGAUGACACACAACUGAAGGAAAUGGCCGAUACAAGCAACAGUUUAUCGGAGGAAGGUGCUAAGGAAGUACUGCAAAAAGUGAAGGAAGGAAGAAUAACGGAUGAUAAGAUGCUGCAACAGGAGGUUGAUUCUAAAAUACAAAAAGAGAAGGAGGAAGCAAGUCAACCACAAUCAAGUGGAGCAGGUGAACACUGUAAGGACAAGAAAUACUUAUGUGAACGUGCACUGUGUGUAGCAGACUAUUACCGUGAAGACAGUGGGAAGAAACCAAACUGGGAUAAAAUGUGGGGUGAUGUGAAUGGUUAUGUGGACAAACUCUCUACGGGUAUAUUAAAUAAGAGGGCAGAAACUGAGCAGUAUUGUAAUGGCUCCAGUGGGACUAAUAAGGAGGUUUGUCAGGUGAUUACUGCAGGAUUAAAGCAUAUUUAUGAAAUUAAAGAAGAAAAGAUUGGUGGGGAGAAGAAGAACAACCAAUUAUUUAAUCAAACUAUGGCCUGCGUCUUAUUAAAUGCAUUAAUACGGAAAUUGAAGGAGAAGCAAUCUCCCUGUAACAUAGACAUAGGCAUAGAAAAGGCUUUCAAUGUGGCAGAACAAUAUAGGAAAAACUGGUGCGUAAAUAAGAACAGGGGCGAUUGUGACCUGUGUGAUCAGGAAAAGGAAUAUAAAAAUUGUCAAUUGGGAGGGAAGAACCUAUGGGAAGAAGUAAAAACAAAACUUGAAGGGAAUCAACAAAUAACACAAACUCUGUCUACUAUAGAUACUUUAUGUAAAGACUGUAGUAAGGAGGAUAACUUAUGUGCUCGUACAAAGUGCGUAGCAAGGAAAUGGGGAAUAAACAAAAGAGAGGAUGCAACUUGGAGUAAUAUGGAGAGUGAUAUUAACAAGGAGGCCUCAGAAAUGUUUAAGAAAAUAUCUCAGGAUACCAGCAAAAGUAUUGCAAAUUAUUGUAGUGAUUCAGAUCCAAGUAGUAGAAGAGUCACUGACCCAGAGAUAAAAGCAUGCAAGCUCAUUAGUAGAGGGUUAAAGCAUAUUUAUGAAAUUAAAGAAGACAAAAGUGACGAUACGGAACAGAAAAGGAAAGAUAAUCAGUUAUUUAAGCAAACUAUGAUGUGCCUCCUCCUCAACGCUUAUGCAGAUGAAUUGAAGAAGCAGGUGAAAUCUCCCUGUGAGGUCAGUGAGCAAACAAUAGCACAAUCAUUUGAGGAAGGAAAUAAGGAACUUACGAAAUCGUGUAAGGGUAAAAAUAGUGAGAAGGGUCAUUGCGUUCAGUGUGAUAGGUAUGAUCAAUAUGCAGAUUGCCAAAUAGACAGUGAAAAGAUAGGGGACAAAUUGGAAACAAUGCUCAGGAAAGAUGGGAACGUACAACAAACUCUAACUGAUAUAAGUACUAUAAAUAAUACCUUAUGUGAUCGCGCCCAGUGCGUAACAACACAAUGGACUAGGGAUAGGAGACAAGGGGGCCAAACGAAAUGGGAGUAUCACAUUUGGGAUGAUAAGGACAUGGAAAAAAUAUUGAAUGCCAUAUGUGCGGCUAUUGCUAAUGGAUACAUGAACGAAGCAGGUGCAUGCAAGAACAUUGUAGAUAAGGAUAAUACAACUUCAGAAGCAAAGAAAUUAGCAUGUCAACUUAUAACUGCAGGUUUAAGGUAUAUAUAUGGUAUUAUGGAAGAUCAGAAGGGCACUACGGAGGAGCGCAAAAGAAAUGACAAAAUAUUUAAACAAACUAUGGCUUGUAUGGCAUUAAAUGUAUUCGCAAAAGAAAUACUGAAAGGAAGAUGUAAAAUCACGGAGGAAAUAUUAACACAAACAUUUGAGGACGGAAAGGGUCUCUACACCACUAUGUGUUCCAGUAGCAAUAAUUGUCAAAAAUGUGAGUGGGACAGUUGUUCAAAGCCUACAUUUAAUAAUAGCCAACUACGGCAAAAAAUAAAAGAGGAGCUCCUGAAGAAUGCAGAAAUAAAUAAAACUUUGGAGGAGAUAUGUAAAAAGGAUACGCAACCAGAAGCUGCUCCUGCAGCACCAGCAGAAAAAACUCCAGUUAUGAAAGCAAAAGAAGACGGUUACGACAGUCAGGUGAAUGGUGGUACUGGUGUUCUACGAGCUCCUAGUCCUUCUCUUGGUGGUGGUGAUGAUAAGGUCAGUCAGAGUCCUGCCAAAGAUGAUUUACAAGGUCCUCCAGAUGGUAUUCCAGCUGGUCCAGGUGUUGGGACUCAGGGUUCAGGGGGAGGUAUUAGUUCUCAGAGUACAAGUUCAUCAGGAGGUGGAGGAAAAAGUGAAGCUCUUCCAAAAACACCGAAGACUCUGAAAGUAGUGAACGUAAAGGAGGAAGGGAUGGUCGACCCUUCCGACCUUACCCCAUACCUUCCUUACCUCCCUCUGGCUCCUGUCUUCAUUGGUAUGUCUGCUAUGAGCUAUCUCCUUUGGAAGUAUUUUGGAAUACUUCGCAAGACAAGAAAACGUUACCGAAGAGCACAUCAAAUACGUGGUCCCUCCUUAGAACAAAAGAUUGUUGACCAUGUGGACCAGGAUGGUCCACAAGUCUUAAACGAAUGUCAGAAAGGGGACCUCCAUUCGACGAAGGAAGAUUUUUUUGAAAUUUUGGUUCAAGAAUUCAUGGGAUCUGAAUUUAUGAAGGAAGAAAACGUUCCUAAGGAACAGGUUCCAAGUUCAGAUUCCGGGUUUAGGGUUCAUGUUCCUAAGGAGGAUUUUCUUAAGGAGGAUGUUCCAAGUUCAGAUUCCGCAUUUAGAGAGGAUGACUUUGUUCCUAAGGAAGAAUUUCCUAGUGUUGAUGUUCCUAAGGAAGAAUUUCCUAGUAUUGAUGUUCCUAAGGAAUGUGUUCCAAGUUUAAAUUCCGGGUUUAGGGAGGAAGAAUCUGUUCCUAAGGAGGAUGUUCCUGGGGGAAAUGUUCCUGAGGAACAGGUUCCAUGUUCAGAUUCCGGGUUUAGGAAAGAAGACGUUCUUCCUAAGGAACAG